AUGCGCUUCUCUACCAUUUUCCGCAAACUCUCAAUCCAAUUAUCAUAUCGCCGGAGCUCCGUGGAGCUACCUCACUCUCUUCCCCGACAAAGACCACCCAGAAACCCCACCAAGCGAUUCUUUCAGAAACCAAAACCUGUGAAAACACAGACCCCAGAUCCAACGAUCUACACGAGAGACAUUGUCUCCAAUAUCUAUAACCUCCUCAAGUACUCCACUUGGGAAUCUGCUCGAGAACAGCUCCCAAAUCUCGGCGUGAAAUGGGAUUCUCACAUCAUCAACCGUGUCUUGAAAGCCCACCCUCCGAUGCAGAAAGCUUGGCUCUUUUUCAACUGGGCUGCUGCUCAGAUCAAGGGCUUCAAACACGACCACUUCACUUACACCACCAUGCUCGAUAUCUUCGGUGAAGCUGGUAGGAUCGAAUCUAUGUACUCUGUUUUCCAGCUUAUGAAGGAGAAAGGUGUGGUGAUCGAUACGGUCACGUAUACGUCGUUGAUUCACUGGGUUUCAAGUUCCGGCGACGUGGAGGGAGCAAUACGGUUAUGGGAGGAGAUGAGAGAUAAUGAGUGCGAACCUACGGUCGUGUCUUAUACGGCUUACAUGAAGAUACUUUUCGACGAUGGGAGGGUGGAAGAAGCGACGGAGGUGUAUAAGGAGAUGUUGCGGUCACGGAUUUCUCCGAAUUGUCACACUUAUACGGUAUUGAUGGAGUAUCUUGUCGGAGCAGGAAAAUGCGAGGAAGCCUUAGACAUUUUCUUUAAAAUGCAAGAAAUUGGGGUGCAGCCAGAUAAAGCGGCUUGCAAUAUUCUGAUUGGUAAAGCCUGUAAAUUCAGGGAAACAUCUUUCAUAGUUCGAAUUCUUCUAUACAUGAAAGAAAACGGGUUCGUCCUUCGCUACCCCGUCUUUCUUGAGGCCUCAGAGACCUUGAAAGCAGCAGGCGAAAGCGAUGAUCUGUUAAGAGAAGUGAAUCCGCAUAUUUCUGCUGAAUCUUUGUGCUGCAAAGACAUUGAUGAGACUCCUACAGCCAAAGUUGAUGACACGAAAAGUUCAGAUGAUAGUAGAAUUAUCAGCUCCGUUCUCCUGAUGAAGCAGAAUCUGGUCGCAGUUGAUCAUCUACUUCACCAGAUGAAAGAUAGAAACGUAAAGUUGGAUUCUUUUGUUGUUUCAGCAAUCGUAAAAACAAACUGUGACCGUUGUAGAACCGAGGGGGCUUCGUUGGCCCUUGAGUACAGCUCGGAAAUGGGAAUUCAUCUCGAGAAGACAGCGUAUCUAGCUUUAAUUGGUAACUUUCUGAGAAUAAACGAGCUUCCUAAAGUGGUAGAAGUGGUCAGGGAGAUGGUGAAAGCCCAACACUCGCUUGGUGUGUACCAAGGAGCAACAUUGAUCCAUAAGCUCGGGUUUGGCAAAAGACCCCGCUUAGCCGCAGAAGUUUUCGACUUGCUUCCAGAUGAUGAAAAGGGCGUAGCCGCAUACACGGCGCUGAUGGAUGUUUAUAUAUCAGCAGGGAGUCCAGAGAAGGCAAUGAAGAUAUUAGGAGAGAUGAGAGAGCGAAAGAUCAUGCCUUCGCUGGGAACAUACAAUGUUGUAUUGUCUGGUCUUGAGAAAACAAGUGGUUUCCAGAAAGAAGCAGAGUCGUUGAAGAAGGAGAAGAAGAGUCGUGUUGCUACUUCACGUUUCCGGGAAAAUGUGAAUGCUCAUGAGAAAAUCUGUGAUCUUCUGUUUGCUACAAAUCUCUGUAAUUAG